CUGUGACUUCAGUCAAUACUGAGCCCUGUCAUUGCCGUCUCUGGGUGUGAGAGAAGGAGGGAUGUGGGAGGGGCCGAUGUAGGUGAUAGUGCCUAGUUUAGCACUUUGCAACAUGAUCCGUGCACACCAAGGAGAGGCCGGGCUCUGCGGUCCUGCAUCCUGCCGUCCCACCGCCCCACAUGGAGAAUGAAUAAAGCCACAAUAAAAGGGGAAUGACUGGGAAAGAAGGUGGAUUAUUUUCCGCUGUCGGCCGGCUAUAUGAACCCGCAGAGCAUCAGCAGGUCCUGACAACGCAAAGACAAACGGGGAGAUGAGGGUGACGGGAACGAAUGCUGCUGCCUAUUGCGGUCUGCGUCAAACCUUUCAUUACUUCAGAAGAUGAUGUCCUCGGUGCCACUCAAAGGACUGUCGGGGUUUCAGUGAUUGUGAACACCCAUGCUACAGGGGUCUGUGUUAGUAUCUUGGGGUAAACAUCCAGCAGGGACAGUGAUGGUCACCCUGUCUUCAGCCUCUCAGUCGCGCUCAGCAUCUGCAUUGUGAGGAGAAACCGGGGGAGUGGGACUGUGAAUGAAUAUGCAGAGAUAAAGAAAGGUUUAUGUUGUUGCAUCCGAACGCAGAUAGAGCCAUAGUUGGAUUACCAAGUGUUGAUGUUUACCAGCAUGAACUCGCUGUUUUUCUCCGAUACUCCGCCCGGUCCGGUCAGCAACGCGCCCACCGGCUCGGGCGCGGUGACCAGCGCCCUGCGAAAUGACCUGGGCUCCAACAUCCAUGUGCUGAAAACCCUCAAUAUGCGAUUCCGCUGCUUCCUUGCUAAAGUCCAUGAACUGGAGAGGAGAAACAAACUGCUGGAGAGCCAACUACAGCAAGCUCUGCAGAGACCGCAAUUCCACUACCUUUACACCCGUGAAGUUGCCGUGCAGACAGACGGUCCGGAGUCGCGACUGCCGGGCACCAUCUGGAGCUUCACCCACGUCCGGAGGCAUGGGGAGCGCUUUGAGACCCUGCAUGGGCCGGGGGUGACCUGGACGCAUCCAGACGGAGUUGGGGUCCAAAUAGACACCAUCACCCCAGAAUUGAGGGCUCUGUAUAACGUGCUGGCCAAAGUCAAGCGGGAGAGGGAUGAGUACAAGAAAAAAUGGGAGGAGGAGCUGUCCAAACGAGAGCAGCUGGAGUCCACGGUGGAAUCCCUGCAGCAGAGUGUCCGGGAGUCAUCCGAGAUCCAGGAUGAGCUGAACGAGAAGGUGGACAGACUCAAGGCUGAACUCGUGGUCUUCAAGAGCCUGAUGGGUGAUCAAAUGUCCGACCUGGACUCCAAGAUUCAGGAGAAAGCCAGGCGGGUGGACAUGGACAUCUGCAGGCGAAUUGAUAUCACAGCCAAAUUGUGUGAUGUGGCUCAGCAACGCAACUCAGAAGAUAUGUCAAAGAUGUUCAGCGUCAGUCCAGCCAGGUCACUCCCGGAGAAGAGUGCCGUGGCCUGCUGCAAGAGAAAAGAGCGCAAAGCAACAUCAGAUGAGGAGGCUACGGAGAUGGACGCCGAACCCAGCCCUUCAGAGGAGGAGGUCCCAGGGUCGCUCAACAUCACGGAUGAAAUGAAACGCAUGCUCAAUCAGCUACAUUCAGAUUCAGAUAACUCCUCUGUUGUCAGGCGCGAGACGUUCGAAUUCGACGAUGACUGUGAUAGUCUGACAUGGGAGGAAAACGAGGAGACUCUGUUGCUGUGGGAGGACUUCACAAACUACAACGUGCCGUUCACCAUCACUGGGGCAACCUGCACAACCAACGGCCCCUGUGAUGGCAGCGGUGAAGCUGCUGAUCCAGACUCCCAGGAUGGAAGUCUUGGCAGCCUCAUUGAUGAGACAGAGUCACUAUUUAAGACUAGAGAGCAGGAGUACCAGGAGACCAUCGGCCAGAUCGAGAUGGAACUGGCCACAGCAAAGAGUGACAUGAACCGCCAUCUGCACGAGUACAUGGAGAUGUGCAGCAUGAAGAGAGGCCUGGACGUGCAGAUGGAGACCUGUCGGCGGAUGAUUAAAGGUGGCAGGAACUCUCCCUCUUUCAGCUCUGUGGCCAGCAGUGACUCAGGGAACACAGAUGAGAUCCAAGAUGAGAUUUCGGACAAGGACGCAGAAGCUGAAGUUAGUUGAUGGCUGCAUAGCUGGGCUUUGUCCCAUUUUCUCAUGACCGCCUCCUUGUUAAAUAUGUGCAGAGCUCCACCCUGUAGAGAGGUGGGCCUGUUUAGACCUGUUGAAGUUCUGAUGGCCAUGCUCACUGACGCAGGCCCAGAACCGGUGCUUUUAUACUAUUUCUGUUGUUUAUAAAAUCGUGGUGGGGGCAUCUUGGCUUCAAAAAGAGAAAAGGGUGUAUAUAAGGUCCAAACUGUGCUCUCUUCCUCACUGAGGUCUUGCUGGACCCUUGUCCAGAGCUCCACAUCAUUUUUCAGAAAGAAAAAGAAAUUCUCAAGUUUAAAACUACAUGAGCAGUGUUUUCUAUAAACUAUCCUAUUAAUGUCCUUUUUUCUAAAGGAAUUUAAAAUAGUACACAUUGUGCUACUUGUUCAGUGAACAAUGAAUAAAUUAAAUGUACUCAUUCAUUUUAGAAAAAAGUUAGUUCGCUUUAAUUGGAAUAACUUUUGUUUUUGUAGUAUUUAAGUCCAUGCAAUCCAGGUUAACCUGUUGGUUUAAGUGUCUUCUGCCAAGGAGACAAAACAAGAAGUGGAGACAAAUGGUGCUGGAGUUCUGGUAGUUUCUGAGGGAACUCUGCAGGGUUGCUAGAGUUGACAGAGGAAAGGAGCACAGCCUUUUGAAGCAUCAGUGCACUACUGAAGUUCUAUGCAAUUUAGCUGGCCUUAUUUUCGGACUGGCUUUCACCCUUCCUUGUUUCUCUUAAAACCAAUACAAUUAGCCUUUUAAGCAAAGCAGGUGUUUUCUAUAUAUCAUUGAGACUUUUUUAUUUUUUUUUUUUGCAUUUGAAACGUUUUUUUCACGAACAUCAGCAGCAGAAACUGGAACAGCGCCCCCUCAACAAAGGACUGGUAUCUUCACUCGUGACAAUAAUCGUCAACAUUGUUCAGAUGCUACUGAACUCACAGAACAAUGUGUGCACAUCAGAACAUAUCUUAAAUGGCUAAAAUAUGUUAGUUUUUAUAAAGGAAAUUAAAUAAAGUUAUCAAAGCGAAACAAGGCUGUAAAACCAAAGGACUCAUAUUGAAAUGUUUCCAUUUCGCCUUCAUUCACAAUCAUCAUUUUCAUUGCAAAAGCUAUUUAUUUUUUGUGUGUGUUGUCAUUAUGAGUUGCUGCCUAAGUGACUACUUCCUGCUGCCCUGCAGGGGGCUCUGUUCCAGACAGGCUGCACCUCUUGCUUAGUCUCUUCUGAAUCUGUAAGUGUCAGACUGUACAUAGAGGGCUGUAGGCAUGUCAUCGUAUACCCCCGAGGCCUUUUUGUUCAAAUUAGUCUUGAGAUGUUUCACAUUCUCUCCUUCGAGUGCUCGCACUGGAUUAACGUAGACACUGACGCAUGGGGGGUGGGAGAAGUGAUGUUUUUAUCGCCUCUGUGUAUGAUAAUGUAUGUACGGUUUGCCAGAUCAAAGACUAAGUGCUACUUCUAUCUUGAGGUUUUACAGAGCAGAAUGUUAAAAUACAGGCCUUUUGUUAUUACAGCAUGUUUGCGUGGAGAUAAAGAGCUUUGGGUCUUCUUUUAUAUCAUAUUUUGAACUAAAUAGCUGCAAUGCAGACCGUGCGCUGUUUUUAAUCAAAAGUGUCUAUCCUUAUCAUUAAUUAACCCGUAUUUGUGGCAGAAAAUGUAUUUUUCACCGUUUUUAAUCAUACUGUGUUAACCAAAAAUGUGUUAUUGUUGUCAUGUAUAGCUUUUAUUCGUUUAGCAUUUUAAACUUCUUUCAGACGUGUUGGUCAUAUAUUGGCCAUAUCAGAUAACCCAUAUUAAAAGAUAACAGAUUAUAUCAUGGAAGACUAAGGACCACCGUUACUCACAGAGAGAAUUUCAUAUUCUUUUAUGUUUGAGUUGAUGUAAAACCAGCCUGAUAAGUAACAAAGAGCCAUUUUUUAUUGGUACUAUACUUUGUAGUGAUAACAUCAGAAUUAUUUACUGAUCAUACGGCUGUAACAUUCAGAAAGAGCAGGUCUAACACACUACGCUGUCUUUCACAUCACUCUCACAUCACGCUAACCAGCCAACCAAAGUAAAUGAGUAUUCUAAUAUAUAUGACAAUGGGGUAAACCAAGCUACUGUAUGGUUUCUACUAACUGUGGAAAGUCUCAGUAUUUUUACAAGCCUACUACAGAUGUGUUGGUUUGCAGAUUUUUUUGUUGUGAUUUGGAAAAUGUGUUGUUUUCCAAAGUCAGCAAUUCUUGCAAACUAUAGGACAUUAAUUGUAUUAUUAUCUCCACUCCCCCAUCUACUGAAGCAGGUCCAAUUCCAGUUAUAUCAAAAUACUGUAGCAACCUUCCUUGUUUGAAUGAGCAAAAACUGUAGCAGUUCAAAUCCAGGGACAUAUGGUGUGCUGUUUCUUAAUGGAGACCUUGGUAUGUUUUGCUUUACUAAGUGAGUUCUUACCUGCCCAACUUACAGUAUGUGAGUUAGUUGUAUGUAAACUAGGUUCUGGUGGAUGUGAAUGUUUCAUACUAAAAAGGGUUUUGUAUGAGCGGUUUUUAUUCAGUGUAGAACUGGGACUACGACUGUGUCAACGUACAGAUUUACUAGUUUUUACCGGCAUACCUGUUUGCUUCUCAUUUCAUAACCACAGCAGUGCAGCAAUACUUCUGGCCAUACUUGGUUAAAAUCUACUGAACUGUACUGGAUACUGGCCUUUGUGCUGGUACCAUCCUGAUGAUCCAUUUUAACUUCUUUGAUUUAAUUGCCUUUCUUUUUGUUCGAACCAUUGAUAAAAUGUGCUCAGAUUAUUUCAAAAUUAUGAAUGUACUCAACUGAUGCUGGGGUAAAAAGAAAUAAAAUGGUGGAUUGGAUAAAAGUUAUGACUAAAUCUGUUUCUUUUAAUAUUUCAUUCAAUAAAUUCUAUUCUAAAUAAAAGAGUUGGCUCCAUGUGUUCAGAGUGAUUUUUGGGAUUUGCAAUCUUGUUUGAAUUAAUAUCAUCUACAGUCUAUGCUGUACCUAAAGUACACACAUACUACUGCACUUCUUAUAGUACUGAUGUACAAAUUCUGGAUGCUUUUACACUGCAGCUGUAGAAAGGCCGUUAAUCUAUGAGCGUGCGUCUUGGGAAGCGUUAUUUCAGUAAGUAAAAUCUAGACUGGAUGACUAACGUCUGUCUAGUUCGUCACAUAGGUUUACACAUGAAAGUCAGUUUAUUUGUUGUAAGGAGUACUGCUCAGUUUGUGAAAACAGUUGAAUAAUAUAUCUUAAGUCUGGAGGGGGCUCUUUAAAUUUAAAAAAACUGUGUUAAUGAAGGUCACUGUUGGUUUAUAAGAAGCCAAAAAUCCAGUGUUUUUUGGAGCAGAUGUUUGCUCAAGACAUUCCCAACUUCAUAAAAGCGAUAUUAAAUUCUUGGAUUACAGUUUUCAGUUCAACUGACUAUUCACACUCAGUACAUGUUGUGUUAAUUUAAAUUCAUUUGUAAUUUUGUCCAAACAACUGAUCAUUACAUUAUUACACUGCAUUUCCACAAUUUCCCUUUGGGACAACCCAAGCACUGUAUCUUAUCUAUUUUCAGGUAACUACACGAUGUGUAUCAUUUGUCCACACAUACACUAUAAAUCUGACCAAUCUACUUUCAUUUAGAAGUUGUAACUGUAAAAAGAUAACAUAUAAACUGUAAAAGCUUGGUUGCAGUAAUAUUUCUAGUACAUCCAGUAACAAAGCAAUAUUUUGCUAUAUCUAGAGCAGUGACUCUUUUUGGUGAGAGUAUCAGAUAAACUUAUUUUAGCCA